AUGAAACUAUUCCACUUCGUAACUCGAUUCACCUGGGCGAGGAAGAUUGCGUCGAGGAGCUACAGCAGCCAGGUGGACCUCUCGAAAAUUCGGAACAUCGGGAUUAUCGCGCACAUUGAUGCCGGCAAGACAACGACCACGGAGAGGAUGCUGUUCUAUUCCGGUUUCAGCCCAAGCAUGGGUGAAGUUCAUGACGGUGACACAAUCACGGACUACAUGCCUCAAGAAAGAGAGCGCGGUAUUACAAUUACAUCCGCGACAAUAACGUUCCCGUGGAGAGGCCACAAAAUAAAUCUCAUAGAUACUCCAGGCCACGUCGACUUCACCGUCGAAGUUGAGAGGAGCUUACGCGUGCUCGAUGGUGCAGUGACGAUCCUCGAUGCCUCAGCUGGAGUUGAAGCUCAAACGUUGACCGUGUGGAGACAGGCGAACAGGUACCGCAUACCGAGAAUCAUCUACCUUAAUAAAAUGGACAAGCCCAGAGCGAAUUUCGAUUACUGUCUCGCAGACAUCGAAAGUAAACUCGAUUUGAAGCCCCUCAUCUGCCAAAUUCCCUCGAUAAAUCCGAAAACCAAACAGUUUUGCGGAGUCUUCGACGUCGUCAACAUGACGGAACUCAUAUGGGACGUGAAUGACAGCUCCAAAGGUUCUGAAUACAUAAGCGUGCCCGUGGAGAAAUCCAUCAUGAAGGACAUCGCUCUAGAGAGGCGUGCGGAGCUGAUCGAGAACCUUGGGGCGUUGGACGAUGCUUUCGCCGAGAAAUUCAUCCUCUCUAACACGGAGCCGACGAAGACCGACAUCAAAGAGGCCAUCCGGAAAGUCACGAGCGCGAGCACCGGGAUUCCUUUAUUUUGUGGGAGCUCGUACAAGAACAUCGGGGUUCAACCACUAUUAGACGCGAUAGUCGACUACAUACCGGAUCCGUCCGAGUCAAUUCCUGAGGAAGUGACGAAGUACUUCAAGGAGAACGACACUGUCGCUUUGGCCUUCAAAAUACUCCAUACGAAGCUCAAAGGACCAUUGACAUUCAUCCGUGUAUACUCGGGAUCUCUGCAACCAGGGAAGAAAAUCUUCAUCAUGAACAGAGACAUAUCCGAAAAAUGUGGGGAGCUUCUCGAGGCCAACGCCGAUGAGUAUGUCCCGAUAAAGAAAGCGGAGGCCGGCUGCAUAGUCGCCGUGAGUGGCUUGAAAGAGACUUUCACCGGAGACACAUUGGUUGGCUCGCAAUCGGAAGCUUCGAGUGCCAACAACAAAGCAGAAGGGGAUAGUGCUCUACUUUUCGGCAUUGCACAGGUAGAGCCCGUUUUCCAAUGCAGUAUCGAGCCGCCAUCCACCGGUCAGCAGAAGAAUUUGGAUCACGCCUUAGCCUGCCUCCAGCGAGAAGAUCCGAGCUUGGUGGUGACCGUCCAACAAGACACGGGUCAGACAGUCAUUUCUGGAAUGGGAUCCCUACACCUCGAAAUCAUUAAAGAUCGAAUCAUUCGAGAGUUCAAGGUGGAACCCUACCUCGGUGCUCUGCAGAUUGCCUACCGCGAAGCGCUGCAGACGGAUUUGGACAACAAAAGCCUAACUGUGGAUAAAUCGCUCGGUGGAUCAAAACACCAUGUCGAGAUCGAUCUUUCGAUCCGGCGAACUCUCGACGAAGGUCAGAAACCAAUAUUCGUAGUUGAGGCGAAUGAAGAGAACGAGCUCCAUCGGCUGAGGCCGUUCCACAGAAAAGCGUUAGAAAACGGCGUGAAAAUGGCUCUGUGCCACGGUCCUCUCCUUGGGUUCCCGAUUGUGGGCGCACAAGUGAGACUCACUCACUUCGUCACGACCUACGCAACGAGUAUAUCCAUGAUUACGGCUGCCAUCUCGCAGUGUAUUCACAAAGCUCUACGGCAGGCAUCCUUCGAGUCGGCGAUCGACCUGCUAGAACCGUUCAUGCGGCUGGAAAUCAGUUUGCCGGAAAAUUUCGUCGGCACUGUGCUCUCAGAUCUCUCGCGGCGGAGAGCGACGAUAGAAAGCAUCAAACAAUUAGGAAGCUCACGGGUGAUUAGUGCCGUAUGUCCGCUGGCGGAUUUGACGCAUUACUCCACCGAAGUGCGAACAAUAACCUCGGGUAGAGCAUCGUUCACGAUGGAGAUCGAUUCCUACCGAGUCAUGAGCGCUACGGACAGGGCCGAGGCGCUCAGAAAGGCGAGCGGAUUCCAGUGA